AUGCUUUCUGCCCCUAAGGGCGAAACGCCCAGGAUGGAACUCCAGGGCAUCUGGCGCGAUACAGAGUCCAAGUCAUUCUACAUCUGGGGCGGGCAAGUUCCGUAUUGGAGUAAACCACCGGAAAACGACAUCUGGCGUUUCGAGGUUGACGGCAAUGGAGGCGGCACCUGGUCAAAGAGGAGUCCGCCCAAUCUGGCCGAGCUAUACAAACUUGAUCGAGCAACAGAGGGUGCUUUUUGCCAGAGCAAAACCACCGGCUACUAUUUUGGAGGCUAUGCAAACGAGCGAACCGACUUGUCUAUUACAGACAAGGACAAGACCCGCAACGUUCCAGGGAUUGUGUCCUACGACUUGAAGACUGGCUCGAUCAACCAUACUACCUUCCAAGGGUCUGGAAACUUUACAUUCAAGGGUGGCACCAUGGAAUAUGUGCCCUUUGGGCCGGACGGCUUACUGCUCGCAUUGGGAGGGUUUCAAGGAGCACCGACAGAGACCGGCUAUGGCAACUGGACAGGCGUAGACUUCACUUCCGUUAAUUUAUAUGAUAUAAAGGCCAAAAAGUGGCACUCCCAGCGUACCACCGGAUCGAAGAGCAGCAUUCCACCACCAACAGAGAAGUUCUUUACAGUUGGUGUCCAAGGACCUAACAAGACAUAUGAAAUCUUCAUCUACGGCGGGCUGGUCAUUGGAGAAUCGAUACGGAAUGCCACCGACGACGUAUACGUCUUGAGCCUGCCCAGUUUUGUCUUCUUCAAGGCCAACGAUCCGCAAUCGACCAGACGCCUGGAGCAGGCUUGUGUUGCAACUGGGAGACAGAUGAUCUCUGUCGGCGGAACAGACGGCCGCGCCUGGCCCUCAUCGUUGACAGAAAAAGAUCCAUGGCCUCAGGGCAUCGGCAUCUUCGACAUGACAGAGAUGCGUUGGAGUGAUCAAUAUAACGCAAAGGCGGAUGCGUAUGAAUCUCCCGAGGUAGUUCAGAACUGGUAUAGCCAGGGAAAUCAGGUGGACUGGUCAAGCGAUGAAGUGGAAGCGUUAUUCAAAGAGUAUCCUACGAAUACGCCAACAUCAUCUCCAAUCGUUGGCGGCUCUGGAAAAUCAGGGAAGCCCACGGGUGCCAUUGUCGGCGGCGUUGUCGGCGGACUAGCAGGUCUGGCUGUCCUCGCUGGGCUUGCCGCAUUCUUGCUCAAGCGAAAGAAGCGGCGCCCGGAGACUCCUGAUCCCGCAAACUACACUCCGGUCUCGAAGUUCGGUUCUGUUGGCGGUGCUCACACAGAGCCUGCUAUGACCCAGGUCCAUGAAGCGAGUACUAACCAACAGUCGAUCCCUGUGGAACUGCAGGGUAAUCACGGGGUUUCUGAGGCAUACUCGCCAACUCCUGUUAGACAUGAAAUGGCGGCAUGA